AACAAAAACAAGAAAAUAAAAAUCAAGAAACAAAAAUAAUAAAAAUAUAAAAAAAAUUCCGAAAAAAAAACAUUUUCAUAACAAAUUUGUGAAAAUUAAAAUAAAAAAUAUUUUAAAUCUUAGAUUUUUAAAAAUAGAAAAAAUAUUAAAAAAAAAUUAAGAACUAGAAAAAAAUAAUAAAGGGCUUAAGAAAUAGUAAGACGCUUAAGAGACAGAGUAGAAGGAAGAAGAGGAAGAAAGAGAAAGAUACAAAAAAUUAUUAAAAUUGUCUGCAGACGCUCUCUGCUUAUCUUAAUUUUUUUUUUCUCUACAAUUCAAAAAAAAUUUUUUAUUUGAAAAGACAAAAAAUUGGUCGAACACUUUGUUUUGGUUUUAUAAUGUCGGAAAGUAAGGAUAAAGAUAAGGAAAGAGAUAAAGAUAAAAUAAAGGAUAAAGAAAAGGAUAAAAAUAAAGAAAUUGAUCGGCAAUUUUCAAAAGAGGAAGCAUCAGCAACUGUUGGAACACAACGUGUAUACAAAAAAACUUCACCAAAUUCAAUAUUAACAAUGUAUUUACCAACAAGAGAAAUUGUAUCUUGUGGUACACAACCAUCAAUAUUAAAAGGUAUAUUAUUUGUUGAUCCAAAAUCAAUUCAAGGAUAUCGUGUUUAUGCUCAACUAACAUUAACUUUCCGAUAUGGUAGAGAGGAUGAAGAAGUAAUGGGAUUAAGAUUUUGUAAUGAGGCAAUAAUGUCCUUGUAUCAAAUUUAUCCACGUACUGAGGAACCAAAAAGAGAUUCAUUAACCCCAUUACAGGAUGCUUUAAUUAAAAGACUUGGUAUUGGUGCUUAUCCAUUUACACUUAGUUUAUCACCACAAUCUCCUCCAAGUGUUCAAUUAGUUCCAGCUAAAAGAUAUUAUGGUGCACCAAUUGGUACGAGUUAUGAUGUUAGAUGUUUUAUAGCUGAUAAAACAGAUGAUAAAUUUCAUCGUAAAGCAACUGUUAAGAUGGGUGUACGUGUUAUACAUAAAACUGAUAUAUUUUCAUCACAGACAUCAUCAGAUAAUUUUAGUGCUGCUGCUCUAUUAAAUAAUCCAAUAUCACCACCUCCUCCAAUAUCACCAACAGUACCAAAAAAUGUUUUAACAUCAACAAAUAUUAGUAUAAAUACAAUUAAUUCAACAUCAGAUAUAAUAAUAAAUAAUCAAAAUGAAAAAUUUAAUAAUCCAUCAAAAAUAACGGGAAUAACAACAUCGGAAACAUUAGUAACGGGAUCUGGAACAACAACAACAGAUUCCAGUAAUAGUAACGUUAAUCGUGUAAAUCCAACAACAACUUCAGAAAAAAGUAAUACGUGUGGUUCUAUAUGUGGUACUAGUAAUGAUAAUCAACAAAAACAACAACCACAACAACAACAAUUACAACCGAUUAUACAACAACCAAUACAAGCAACAUUAAAAAGUAAGAAACAGGAACGUGUUGAUUCAUUUCCAAAAAUUCGUUUGUCACCAAAAUCGUUUAGAUUUAGUGGACGUUUUGGUCGUAGUAAAAGUGAAGUUGAACGUGGUACAAAUGAUCCAUUUUAUAAUUAUAGUAAAUCAUUUCAUGAAGUUACAGAUUUUUCAAAGCCUGAAAGUUGUGGUCCACAGGGAGCUGUAGAUAAACCAUUUUUAUUACAAGAAGGUAGAGUAUGCCUUCGUGCGAGCCUAAAUAAAUCUUGGUAUACACAUGGUGAAAAUGUUAUCGUUACAGUAAAUAUUAAAAAUGAAAGUAAAAAGACUGUAAGAAAAAUAAGAGUAUGUGCCAUUCAACAUGUAGAUGUUUGUAUGUUUAAUAACGGUAAAUUUAAGAAUGUUGUAGCUGAUUCAGAUAAUAAUAAUUUACCAUCGGAUCAAACAACUGUAGGUCCUGGAAAAAAUUUAAAUUCAACAAUAAUAUUAACACCGAAAAGAGGACCUACAAAAAAUUGGAUUGCCUUAGAGGAUUCAUUACAACGUUGUAGUGAACCGGAUGAAAUAAUUGGUGAUAUAGCUGCAUCAGCUGUACGUAUACCAACAAUAAAUCCAAUUGGUUCAUCACCAUUAACAACAGAAGAUCGUAAUGUAUUUGCAAUAUAUGUAUCAUAUUAUGUUAAAGUUAAAUUAACAUUAAGUGGUAUGGGUGGUGAAUUAUCAUUAAAAUUACCAUUCUCUUUGGUGCAUAUUGGUUCGUCAUCAACAACAUCAUCAUCAAUAUCAACAACUGGAUCUGAAACAUAUAAAACAAUAACAAAUGAAAUAAAAAAUAUUUCCACAAAUAAAAUGAAAGAAAUUGAAAAACCAAUAUCAAUAAUUAAAGCAAAUUCAACUGGUACACAAAAUAAUUCAAGUGGACAAACAGCAAAAGAUAAAAGUUCAGUAUUUAGUAGACAAGCAAAAGGGCAUGCUAGUGAUGAUGAUAUUAUUGACAUUGCAGAUGAUGAUUAUGAUAUUAUAAAAACAGAUAAUAGUAAAAGCUGUGAGCAUCAACAAUAUACAACAACAAAUGAAUGCAGUUAUGGUACUGGUACAUGUGGUAUUAAUUGUCCUGGUGGUAAUAAUUGUAAUAAAAAUUUACAUUCAUUAGAAAGAAUCGAUUCAAUUGAAGAUGAAAUUCCAAUACAAAUACCAAAUAAAAAUUUACAAAAAAGACGUUUAACACGUAGUGAUAUAAGAGUUAAAGAUUCAUCACAAGAAGAUGAAGAAGAUAUUGAUGAAGCAUUAAAUGCAGCAACAACAACAACAAUUAUUGAUGCACUUGUUCAUAGAACAAUGAAAAUUGAAUCAGAUCAAAUUGAAAUACAUACAAAUACUAGAAAUGAAAUAGAUAAUUCUGAUAGUAGUAAUAUUCCUAUUGUUACGACAGCAAAUACAACAGCAAAUACAACUACAACUACUACUACUUCUCAUAUUGAUAUUGAUGAAGUUAAUAUUAUUGAUAAUAAUUCGUCUAAUAAAUGUGAUAUUCAAAAAAUUAUUCAACAAGAUGAUGAUAAUAAUGUGCCAAUAAAUAAUAAUAAUGAUGGUAAAUCAAAUAUUGAAGAUUUGAAGAAUACAAAAUCGUUGAUAUCAGAAACAGAAACAACAACAACCGUAAUAGUGGAACAGACAGCUACUACAGAUGUAGUAUCAUCAACAACAUCUUAUAAUAAUAAUAAUGAUAAUAAAACUGUUAUGAGUAAUCAACAACAUCAUAUACAAACGACUUGUGCUCAAAUUCAUAUGCCACAUGAUUCUUGAAUUAAUUUAAAAAAAUAUUAAAGAAAAGAAUACUCUGGUUAGUAUGAUAAUGCUAAUAGUAUAUGUAUGUACAUUUAUGCAUAUACUCGUAUUAAUACUUACAUAUGUGUGUAUGAAGAGAAAAUUUUGAUUGAUGAGGUAUUUGGAAAAAGAUUUUUCUUUCAUUCUUUCUUUGUUUUUUCUUGGUUUUGUUGUUGUGCAGAAGACACAUAAAUUUUCUAAUAAAAUAAAAAAAAAAUUAAUCAUUUUAUAAAUAUAGUGAUGACAUGAUUUAUCAUUACAAUUUAAAUACACAUAUACGUAUACAUGCAUAUAUGUAAUUAUAAUAGAAAUUUAUUUGAUUUAAAAGAAUAAGGAAAAGAAUUUGAUUAAAAUCUUUUGGAAUUUAUUAAAAAAAAAUAUUAAAGCGUUUAAAAAACCUAACAAAAUGGAGUGUGAGUUGAAACAAGAGUAUGAGUAAAAUCCGGAAGAUCAACUAAAACAUUUCAUUUCAAAAGAAAUCAAGAAUUAUGUGUGUUUUCAUUUUUAACAUCAGAACAGAUGCGGAUACAUUAAUAAAUAUAAAGAUCCGUGUUCUUUUUUUACCUUAGAUCAUGCAAAGCUAAAAAUUUGCGUUCUUUUUUAAAAUCAGAGCUCAGAUCACACUCUAUUAUAUUAUGUUCGAAGUAAAUUUUCAGAUUUUACAGAAUUCUGUAAAAUCUAUUUUCUGUAAAUACACAAAUUUAGUAUUAUUUAAAAUAUACUAUUUUGAUAUUACAAAUUAUUGAAAAAUUAUUGAGUGACAGAAAAUGUCUAUCUUGUUUGUUUUUAAAAUUAGUACUCACAGUUCGCAGAUUACAAAAUUUUUACACCUGGUCAAAAUGAAAAAUUCGACGUGCUCUGAAAGAAAAAUUCAGCAUUUGAACGAAAAAAAAAAUGAAGAUACCCUGUGUAUUCCUGAAUAAAAUUUAUUAUUUCUGGUCUUUAAUAAUGAUUAUUUAACAAAAAAAAUUAAGAAUUAUCUACACAAUUUCCAUAAAUUUUGGUUAUACAAAUUUUUAAAUGAAAUAAAAUAAAUUAUGACCUUAUUUACAUAUAAUACAGUUUACAUAUAGCUAAUAACUAUGGCAUAGUUGACAUUAGCGUGUGAACAUGUUUCGACAAUGCCUGUACUUUAACUUCUUAAUUAUAAUUAAAAUUACUACAAAAUCUGGUAUUGUAGAAAUUUUUGUACACACGCCAACUAAAAUGCAAUUCAGUAGAUCUUAUAAUGUGCAAUUCGGGUUCUAUUAUUAAAAUUAAUGGUAUAAUUAAUGCAUGCAUUGGUCAGAUCUAUUUGAAUUUAGCAACUAUUUUAGUAUAAACGUGGCUAAACUAAUUCAUUAAGUUUUAAGAAUCAAACUAACAUCAAACUUUUAAGUCGAAUUGUGUAGAUAAAUUUAUCAAUCUUAA